AUUUAUCAAUGGCGCUGGAUCAAAUCGGUCGAUCGAGCGAGAGGGAUAUUUCUCUUCUCAAAUAGAGGAAAAGAGAUAGAAUUUAAAGAAGGCAGGAGAGAGAGAGGGGGGGAGAGAGAUGAGCGCAGUACUUUCUCUCUCACCUUCAUCAUCUCCCUCUCAUUAUUCUCCUUCCACACAAAGAAAAGCAUCUCCUUUUAGGGUUAGGGUUUCUCAAACGACCUCCAUCCCUGAGAAAUUUACUCGAUUUUAUGAUUCUAGGUCUCAAUCUCGAUCAGGAGUUUGCAAGGCCAGUCAAGCUGUCGACUUGUUUCCCCCUGUUUGCCCAGAAAUUGUGGUUCGAGAUGCGCGUCUGGAGGACUGUUGGGAAGUAGCAGACACUCACUGCAGCUCUUUCUUUCCAGAUUAUACUUUUCCAGUAGAUUUAGUGCUUAGAAUUGACCGAUUUGUGGCUCUGCUCUCUGGGUUUUCAGUACCUCCUGGUUGCAUGAGGGCAUGUCUUGUUGCUUUGACUGGAACCUCAGUGAAUGAUAAUCUAUAUGUUGGAAGUGACGACAUCAAAGUUGGUGGGUUUGAAGGAAAAUUCAGCUUUAAUAAGGGUUCUGUGGCAGGAAUUCUGACAGUUGAUACAGUAGCAGAUUUCCUUCCUAGGAAAGGGCCAUUUCGGCAAAGAAGAACUGGAAUAGCAUACAUAUCAAACGUCGCAGUUCGAGAGACGGAUAGAAGAAAGGGAAUCGCCAAGAUGCUGAUUGCCAAGGCAGAGGCAAAAGCUCGCAGCUGGGGCUGUCGUUCUGUUGCAUUGCACUGUGACAUAAAAAACAUCGCUGCCGUAAGACUGUAUAAAGGCCAGGGAUUCAAGAUCAUCAAAGUUCCAGAGCAAGCAAAAUGGCCUCAGCCUAAGACUGCUCCUGGAAUGCAGUUUGAUUUCAUGAUGAAGCUGUUGUCAUCAAGUUGAGCCACCCACUUCAGUACAAACUACCACUACAGAGAUGGAUGCUUCGAACUGUGUAUAUUGUCUAUGUAUAGAAAGUAGGAUGUAUUUGUGAUGAAAUGUAAACAAAAAGUGAUAUUUAUUUGUGUAGAUGUAGUUGUUUGUACAGGGCAAUACUUUAUGGUUAAUGUCUAUGGCUCAAAGGGAACUAACGUUGUGAAUACAUAUUAUGCUUUUGCAUGGUGAUUUAC